GUUAUUUGUGUGCUGUGAUAAUUACUGGCUAAUUUUUUAAAUAUCUUUAACAAGAAAUAUAUUUUAGUACAAUUGCAAAUGGCACCCGUCAUAGAAAAGUUAGUAAAUGGUUUAAAAAUUGGGGAAGGACCACAUUGGGAUAUACAGAAACAAUGUCUAUAUUUUGUCGAUAUGCCAAAUAGCACAAUUAACAAAUAUGUACCAUCUACAAAAAAACAUACCAAAGCUACGAUAGGAAAGCAUAAUAUAUCCAUUAUUAUACCAGUUCGAGGAAAAAGUGAUGAGUUCCUCGUGACAAUAGACAACACUAUCAGUUUAAUUAAAUGGGAUGGUGAAAGCUCUGAAGUUGGUGCACCUAAAACUCUUUAUGAAGUAGAAAAAGGAACGAAUCAUGUGUUUAAUGAUGGCAAAUGCGACAAAACUGGAAGGUUGUGGUCAGGUACGUUAGGUCGUUCAAUAAAAUCUUUGGAUGAUGUAGUAAUGAAGCAAGGUUCCCUAUAUAGCUUCUAUAAGACUGAGCUUCUAUGUCACAGAAAAGACAUAAGUAUAGCCAAUGGUGUUGCAUUUGAUCAUAAAUGGAAAAAAAUGUACUAUAUUGAUUCUCUAUGCUACGGUGUUGAUCAGUAUGAUAUUGAUCUGGACCAGGGAACUUUAUCAAAUAUGAAGACUGUAUUUUCAACUAAGCACCAUGGAUUAAAUAAUAAUGUUUUAUGCGAUGGUAUGACUAUAGAUACCAAUGGUAAUCUCUGGGUAGCGUUAUUUGGAGCAUCUAGUGUAUACAAUAUUGAUCCAAGGACAGGAGGAGUUCUGCAAGUGAUCAAGUUUCCUGCUGUGCAGAUUACAUCUGUAGCCUUUGGAGGCCGAAAUUUGGACGAGCUCUAUGUUACUUCAGCUAACCUUGAUGGAGAAGAAAAAGGAGAAUGCCCAGGCACUCUCUUUCGAGUUACUGGUUUGUCUGCAAAAGGUCUACCUCCAGACGAAUUCGUCGCUUAGAAAAUAUUAACGUUAAUCUGUAGAACAAGCACUGUGUGGUUGUAAUUAUAUAAAUAAAGAUAAUCUAAGGAAUUUUAUAUUAUAUGAAGAAUAAUAUCUACAAAUUUUGUUUAAUAAAAGUUAGUUGUC